AUGGCGGGAGGAAUCAAAGUGGCGGGCUGGUCGGCGGUUGGUCCCUGGCCCCGGUGCGGGGGCCCGGGGGGCCGCUGGGCCGCGGGGCUGGUCUUCGUCCUCUUCGGCUGCGUGGUCUGCGGCUCAGCUGGAAUUGAUGUAAAUGUGGUCAUGCUUCAGGAAUCCCAAGUUGAUAUGAAUUCCAGUCAACAAUUCUGUUAUAAAAAUGUGCUUAUCCCAAAGUGGUAUGAUAUAUGGACACGGAUACAGGUCCGAGUAAAUAGCUCCAAACUGGUCCGAGUCACCCAGGUGGACAGUGAGGAGAAGCUGAAGGAGCUAGAGCAGUUUAGUAUUUGGAACUUUUUUUCUUCCUUUUUAAAAGAGAAAUUGAAUGACACCUAUGUUAACGUGGGUCUGUACAGCACAAAAACCUGCCUCAAAGUUGAGAUUUUAGAGAAGGACACCAAAUACAGUGUCAUUGUGACCCGGAGAUUUGACCCCAAAUUUUUCCUUGUUUUCUUCCUUGGACUUACACUAUUUUUUUGUGGAGACUUGUUGAGCAGGAGUCAAAUUUUCUACUAUUCCACUGGAGUGAGCGUGGGGAUUAUGGCCUCUCUGUUAAUCAUCAUUUUUAUGCUCUCCAAGUUUAUGCCCAAGAGAAGUCCCAUUUACGUCAUCCUGGUAGGAGGCUGGUCCUUCUCUCUGUACCUCAUUCAGCUAGUUUUUAAGAAUUUACAAGAGAUAUGGAGGUGUUAUUGGCAUUAUCUUCUAAGCUACGUCCUCACAGUCGGAUUCAUGAGUUUCGCAGUGUGCUACAAGUAUGGGCCCCUGGAGAAUGAACGAAGCAUCAACCUGCUGACCUGGACACUGCAGCUGCUGGGCCUGGGCUUCAUGUACUCCAGCAUUCAGAUACCACACGUUGCUUUUGCCCUCAUUAUCAUUGCCCUGUGCACUAAGAACCUGGAGUACCCUGUUCAUUGGCUGUACACCACCUACAGAAAGAUGUGUAAGGCAACAGCAAAGCCCGUCCCCCCUCGCCUCCUGACAGAAGAGGAGUAUCGGAUACAAGGAGAGGUGGAGACCCAAAGGGCUCUACAGGAACUCCGAGAGUUUUGUAAUAGUCCAGAGUGUUCUGCCUGGAAGACUAUAUCUCGGAUUCAGUCUCCAAAAAGAUUCGCUGACUUUGUGGAAGGUUCUUUUCACCUCACACCAAAUGAAGUUUCUGUUCAUGAGCAGGAGUAUGGAUUAGGGAGCAUAAUUGCCCAGGAUGAGGAGCUGUCCUCAGAGGAGGAGGGCUCAGAGUACCCCACUGUCACCCAGAACAGCUUCCUGACUUAGAUGGGGGAACCUGUUAUUUUCACAUAGACAGUGUGGUGCCUUGGCGGUCCAUGUGCAAGUGCUGUAUGGUCUCCUGGGCUUACAUAACGGCCUGAAGAGGGUGCAGAAGCUCUCCUGCUGAAAUGAGAGGUUCUCCACGGGACCCCUGAGGAAAGAGUGGAGGAAGAAGCGAGUGCUGUGGUAGCUUGCCUCUGACAACCGAGCUAUUGGUCCACUUGCUGUUCCUGAAGAAACUGGUUGUCCACAGCCAGCAUGAUAUUCUAGCUCCUGUUUGAAAGUUCACUGAAUGAUGGCAUUUCUGACUCUGACAAGCCCACAGAAAUGAAGACUAAGUGCAGUAGUGCAUUCAGAUCAUAGGCUGCACCUUCUAAAGAGAAAUGUACAAAUUUGAGCCAGUUUGACUUCUGUCAGCUUAUACUCCAGUGGACCAUUAGACUAAUCCUCGAUUCAACUCUUGAAGGAAAGAUAGAUGGUUGUCCAUCCUGUUUUUUAAACAUUUUUUUAAUGCAGCAAAUUUAUGUUUUAGAACCAAUAAGUACUCCAGAGUGACAGACGCUAUUGACCCCAGGUAUUUAUUAGAUUCAUGGUAUUCAUAGAUAUCCAUGAAAGUCCCCUGGAACUGCUGUAUUGAACCUUGAAUUCUCAGAAACUGAUAUUCUGAGUUUACUUACAUUUAGAAAACCGUCUACUGGCCCUUCUGUAGGUUUGAUUUCCUAAGCUUUUUAUUCUGUUUGCCCUUUGUGAUUUUCUCUUGCUUUUUCUCACCACUCCCUUUUCCGCCCAAGCAGGGUCUGUCCCCUUCCCUGUUGACUGUGUACAGUUCAGGAUUUGUCUCAUUUUUUCUUUGCUUCCUUUUUGUUCUCCACUCCCUCCCUUUCCCUUCCUAAUAUGGAGUUCCCUCUGCUUCUGACCAUUUCAUUUAUAGAUUUUCUUUCUUGGUCAGGGUCUUGCUGUGUGACUCAGCUGGUCUUAAACUCUCAGUCCUUUUACCUCAGCCUUCAGUGCUAGGAUCUUAAGCCUAUGCUGCCAUGCCAAGCUUUUUUUCUCUGUUAUCCCUGGCUGUCCUGGAACUCAUUCUGUAGACCAGGCUGGCCUUGAACUCACAGGGAUCUGCCUGCCUCUGCCUCAAAAGAUCAAAGGUGUGUGCCACCACACCUGUUAUGCCAAACUUCUUGUCUUGAUUUUAUAUAUCCUUUUAUAGCUUGGUUCUAUAGCUAGGAAGGGAAGAGAAGUCUUGUUUACUUCUUUUCCCCUAUCUGAUCACAUAUCUUUAAGUUACUACUCAAUCAAGAUACUAUUCCAGGGCUGGAGAUGUAGCUCAGUGGUAGAGCACUUAUUGACUCAGCAUGCAAGGCCCUGGUAGAACUUCAGCAUCACAACAAAACCAAUCUUAUCUCCUUGUCCCUGUCUCCUAUUAUAUACCUAUUCUGUUCAUUUAGCCUUCUCACCACCUGCAUGGUUCCAGAUCUGGUAAUUUGCAAUUCCUGAAACCAUCUAUUAAGUUUCUUUAUAUACAGUUUUAGUUAUGCAGCUGCCACAACUUUGCUUAGCGGAUAAAGACCGUAAGGUGAUCUUCAUGCCUUUGAUACUCAUUCAGCUGUCAGCAUCAGACACCCCCCCCCCCAGUUCCAUUCUGAUGGAGAUGCUGCCUCUUUCCUUAGUUUAGUGACCUCAGCUUCAGAAUCCCUUGCCAUUGAAGGUACCCUCAGAAGCUGGCGGUAUCACUUAGGAGGGAGCAGACUCCCAAGUUUCUGCCGUUUGCUUGGUUCUUUCAUUGUGAUCUUCACCAUCACAUUGGAAGAAGCUUUUGUGAUUCCUUCAGCCAGGAAGGUGGGUGCUCACUCAGGUAGACCGCAUCAGACUCGUCUUAGGAUCGUCAAGAAGGAAGAUGGUGUCUUCAGACCUGCUGUCAGCAUCUAGUUUUGAAAGAUCCUAGGCUCUACUGCUGGCAUCCGAAAUGCCGGCAGAGUGGCUAGUGACUUCUUUCAACCAGUGUUCCCCAUAGCCUUAAAUUGUCCUAAAGUGACAACUACUUCAGCUGAUAGAAGUGAAACAGGAGAAAAGCUAGCAGUUGUGAGCAGGUGCCACAUUUAAGCGGUCGAGUACAAGAUGUUCCUGUGAAUUACAAAUACGAUAAAAGUCUGUCCCUAAGCUUCGGAAAAGGCGGAGAUGAAGCUCAGAAGCCGGACGUGCUUGUCUGGCAGGCACAAAGCUGGUAUUCAGUUCCUGGCAUCACAAAAAACCCCACCAGUAGCAACAAAAGCCUUCCAAAACACACUAUUUUGGAACCUCCUUUGUAGAAAUUGGUACCCUUCUGUACAGAUGGCGUUCAGUCCUGGGAGCCCUUGGUGCCUUUUCCUACAUCACUCCCUGUGAAUGGCAGCUUGCUAAAGGGGAGGGCUGACUUAGAUGUUUAUUUUAAUGAAAAAUCACUGUGAAUGACUUUGUUCUGUGUGGUGAGCUCCCUGUGAAAUACGGAUUUCAUUUCAAAGCCAUGUGUUUUUUACCUGUAUUUAAAGCUCUUUUUUCUUUCCCUGCCUGGGGAACUGAGUGGUGUGGGAGCUGUUCUCAGACAGUGAAGGACGGUGCUGCUGCUGUGUGCUGUUUAUCCUUGCCCUGCCUGCCUGUGUGUCUGGAUGCUUCUGAGCCUCUGCAUGCCCUUAGGCUGCUCGGUGGAUCUCAGCCUCAUUGUUCAGACCAAUCUCAUCAGGGAUUGAAGGAAGGACUGGGAUGAGCUGGACACUGGAGCCAUGUCUGCUGCCAUGUCAGCGUCUUUGCUUAGCAGCUAUCAAAUCAUAGUUAAUUCCUGGACUCAGGGUCUCAUUGUUGGAAAUCUAUUGCUUCUAAUCAGUCUGACCUGAGUUCAGAACAUGGCUCCCAUUAAUGGGAACACAAGAGGCAGUUGGCAUAAGACUUUACAGUACCUCUUUCCUCAGAACAUAAUGACCAAAGCCGAGAAAAAUUGAGCAACGUUGAUAACUUUGUUACCUUGAAAUGUAACAUUCUUGUUAUAUCAACAGUGGUUAUUUUGCUGGUGAUGGCUCCUUGGGUUCCACUGUUCUGUCUUACCAUAUUAUAUAUCCUAUCCUAGGGCUUAUCCCUUUAUUAAUCAAUUGCGUUUUCUCUAGCCACCCUUCUUGGCAUAGGUGAUGGAGGUUUGAUGAAUGAAAGGACCCAAAUAGGCCAGGGAAUCCCCCUAGACCUUGAUACUCAUGAAGGGAUUGGGAAUGGGUUAUGUAAUUGACCUCAAUCUUUUGUUCCAGAAAGAAAAGAUGAGCUGAGAUAGGUGAUGUGCUACAGUGCUGUCCCUAGCUGUGUCCUAAUAACUCUUCAGAAUCGAAUAGUAACAGUUGAAGUAGGAGGACAGAAAAUUGUAUCCUCUUCCAGUAUUCCUUUGGACUGAGGUCUAGCAUUUGAGACGAUUGUCUGUAUUUGAAUGAAGAAUUUUAUCUGAACACAGGGAAGGACAGUGGGGCAGAUUUACUGAAGUCUCAGGUUAGCUAGGCUGUGAGAGCAAGGGAUAAACUAAGUAUCUGUUGCAUAUGACAAGUUUGCCUAAGUCUUGCAUGUAGCAGAAAUGAUUUCUUUUGGGGGAGCUUAUGCAAUUGUGGUAACCCAGUGGUAUCUUCUGUUGCUGUUGGGGUCCAGAUGGCUACUACUUUGAAGAGGUGGUUCGAAAGUCGGUUGUAGUGAUGUGUGUGUGUGUGUGUGUGUGUGUGUACCUGAACUUGGAAGGCUGAGGUGAGAGGAUCACUUGAGUCUGGACAUUUUAAAUUGGUAGGGGCAGCAAAGGAGACCCCCAUCUCAAAAUAGAAAGUUUUAGUGCCUUAGAUGUCAGGACCACGAACCCACUGUGGAUAAACAAAGCAUGCAAACACCAGUGUUUGCCCCAUUGCCUCAGCAGGGUCAGGAGUGAUCACAUAGACCCAGAUAUGUGCCGCCUGUCAUUUUUGUUUGACACGCUUUAUUGUUUAGACUGGGUGUGCCCCUCUGUAUGUAGCUUGGAGCUCAGGACAACCCUGCCACAGUCUCUGAUUGCUGGGAUUACAGGCAUGAGCCACCAAGUCCAGUUUCCUUUUAUACUCUUGAUAACUUGAAAAUGGUGAAAGCAGUUGCUUUGAACUUUGGGGCAGCAUGAACAUUGCUGUGUGACAGAUUGCCCCAGUGUGAACCUCAGCGCCUGUUAAAACCCACAGUGGCCAUACUUUCCAUGUCUCUGGAAUUGAUACUGAAAUAACAAGGCCAAGAAACUACUAGAUGAGUUUUAGCCUGUGGGUGAUGCCUUAGUGUUAAUUUAGAUAACAUAUUUGUCAUUUGUACUUAGUAAAUGUCAAUGGAUAUUCAGGAAGAACAAAAUUAUCCGAGAUGGCUGUUUGCCAUGGUCUUUCCCUACCUUUCUGUAAGAAAAAGUGAUGCUGUGUAUUUUAUUAUUAUUAUUAUUA